AUGAUAGCUUUUCUUCAUAAAAAUUCUAUAACUGAAGAAGAAGUAUUCGAAUUAGCUGUUCCAUUGAAAAGAAAGAAUAUGUAUUUGAAGACAUAUGGAUCUAUUAUAUUAGAUUUGGCUUUAAAAGAUACAACGUAUAAAGCUAUAAGUUUAUUAUACCAAUCACCCUUUUUUAUAAUAUUCAGUCCAGAAAACAAUGUAAUUGAUCUUUUGAAGAUACUUAAAAAGUUCUCUCAAGUUACUUUAAUUGCUGGGAUAUUAGAAGGAAAGCUUCUGAGCGUUAAUGAUUUUAAAUAUUAUGGUGAAAUGGAUCUUACUACUGCGCAAGUAUCAUUAGUCCAAGUAUUGCAAAGUGCAGGUGGUAAUAACUUAAAUCAACAAAUUACUCAUCAUCAAUCCGCGUUGAUUAGUCGAUUGCAACAAAUCGGUACAAGGGAUGUGCCUUUAAAUGAGAAUUAA